AUGGCAACCUGGAAAGGAGGGCCUAAGCCCCCACCGAGAGUGGUGGCGCCAAACAAGCUCUGGCACGCGUUCAAGCACAAGAAUUUGGACGUGUUCAAGUUCGAUCUAGAUGCCGACGAGGAUCAGAACUACGUUUCUGCAUCCGAAAGAUUUCUGGAAUUCCAGACACAGCUCGGCAUGGUGCUGCAUCACACACAACUGUUCCGGAAAACACUGGAGGAAUCCCUGCAGCACGCGGUGGAGCUUGCGGAUGACUUCGGAAGGGUCGCGGCCGGGAACGGGGGAGGGCGCACGAUGGAACCGUGGGCGCAAAAGGCCGGGGGCCAGGCGUUCUUCCUGAAGGGGAUGCUGGAGGAAAGCGCGGUCUCCCUUCGACAGCACUUGUGUGACGAGCUGGAGGAGAAGGUGGUGCGGUCCCUGCGAGAAGAGGUGGCCAACUUCAGCACGGUGCACACACAGAUGCUGGAACGGUCGAACAUGAAGAUGGAGAUGCUCCACUACUCCAACAAGGUGCAGGAGCUGAAGGGCAGCCAGAAGGCCACCGAUGAAAAGAAGGACCGCAACAAGGAGAAGUACGCGCAGGCGUCGCAGGCCCUGAGGGACCAGACGAACCAGCUCAUGUCCAUCUUCGCCCACGCCGAGCAGCUGCGGCAGCGGCUCCUGACCCAGGAUUUCCCGUCGGUGAUCACGGCGGAGAAGAACGCCUUCGAUGCCUUCGCGAUCAACCUGAACAAGGCGGCGGCGGAGACGUCGGACGGAGAGCCGCGACCCCCUCGGAUGUCGGACGCGGCUCGGGCUCCCCAAAGAACGCCCAUGAGCCCGAAGGACGGCGGAGCUCCCUGGUCAGGCAGUAACGACGGGGGCGAGUUCGGCGAGGAGCUCAAGCGCGCGCACGAGCACCAGAACAGCAAGAUGGCGGCGGAGUCGGCGGCGGCCGCGGGAGCGGCGGCGGCGGCGGCAGCGGCGGCGGGGGAGGCGUUGGCGGGGACGGGGGCAGCGGGCGCGGACACCCCGGCGAUGACAAACUCGUCCACCUCCGGCGCCGAUGCCGCCGACGAUGCCGAGAAACACGACCCGUCGGAGGCGGCGGCAUUAGCGGCGCCGGCGCCGGCGGGGGAGAAGGACGCGACCGCACCGACGGAGUCUCCGAAACCCCCCGCCGCCGCCGCAACCGUUGACGACGAGGCGGCGGUGGCGGGUUCGGGGCCAAAAACGGACAGCCCUGACGAUGAGGCGGAGGCGUUGACGGCGGCGGUGCCGGCGAUGGCGACGGCGCCGGAGGCGUCGGCACCGGGGGAGGAGCAAGCGGAGGAGGUACCGGGGGUAGAGGGUGGGGACGGGGCGGAGAUGGCGGAGAUGGCGGAGAUGGCCGAGCUUGAGCCCGGGAAGGUGCGGGUGCGCGCUCUGUACGACUACGAGGCCACGCAGGAGGGAGACCUGAGCUUCGGGGUGGGGGACAUGAUCAUCACGGACGGUGGAGCGUUUUCGGGAGACGGGUGGGUGUCGGGUACGUGCCACGGGAAUACCGGGAUAUUCCCGGCGAACUACACGGAACCGUGGUAA